GCUCUUGGGAUCCACUGCCAUGAGAGCCACUGUCGUCUUGUGAGGAAGAUCAGCACCAUGACGGAACUAGAAAUAAGGAAUGUGCAGCUCUGUGCCGGGGACAAGCUGAAGGUGGCAGGUUUCGUUCUGGAAGAUGCGGAAAGGUUCCAAAUUGACCUGGGGUGCAAUGCUGAUGACUUGGCCCUACAUUUUAACCCCCGUUUCAAUGACGAUGCAGAUGAAAUGGUCAUCGUUUGCAAUUCCAAAUGUGAUGGAUGCUGGGAUGAUGAGCAGAGAGAACCCAGCAACUCCUUUCGCAGGGGCUUUAAGAUGAAGGUGACAAUCAAGAUAACAGGAGAAGGUUUUCAAGUGGAGUUGCCUAAUGGACAGAACAUUCAAUUUCCCAACCGGCGGGGGCAGGACACCCUAACUUAUGUUAGAGUCAAAGGCCACUUCAGAGUCACCUCCUUCAAGAUUUGUUGA